AUGUGGGAGGCACGCUCAUCCUCCUUUUGGAGGGCUGUCUUUGCCGAGUUUUUUGGCACCAUGUUCUAUGUAUUUUUUGGCCUGGGAGCCUCCCUCCGUUGGGUUGUUGGCCCCCUUAAUGUUCUCCAGGUGGCCCUGGCCUUUGGCUUGGUGGCAGCUACCAUGGUGCAGUCUCUAGGCCAUGUGAGUGGGGCCCACAUCAAUCCAGCUGUCACCAUGGCCUUCCUGCUGGGGUCUCAGCUCUCCCUCUUCCGCGCUGUCUUCUACAUGGUUGCCCAGGUGCUGGGAGGAGUGGCCGGCGCCGCGGUGCUUUACGGAGUCACGCCAGCAGCACUGCGGGGUAACCUGGCUCUCAACACGAUGCAUCCCAGUGUAAAUGUAGGCCAAGCAACCAUCGUGGAGAUCUUCCUGACCCUGCAGUUUGUACUCUGCAUCUUUGCCACCUAUGAUGAGAGACGGAAUGGGCGCAUGGGAUCCGUGGCCCUGGCUGUGGGCUUCUCCCUCACCCUUGGACACCUCUUUGGGAUGUAUUACACAGGAACUGGCAUGAAUCCCGCACGGUCCUUUGCUCCUGCCGUCAUCACACGCAACUUCACCAACCAUUGGGUGUAUUGGGUUGGACCCAUCAUUGGCGGAGUGCUGGGCGGCUUCUUGUAUGACUUCAUCCUUUUCCCCAGGAUGCGUGGCAUCUCAGAGCGCCUGUCUAUCCUCAAAGGGGACCGGCCAGUUGAAACCAGUGCUCCCCCAGAGCCACCUGGGGAACCUGUCGAGCUGCAGACGCAAGCAUUAUAA